CAUUUAUUUACAAAUUUAUUUUAUUUAUGAAAUCAUAUUAUUAGCGUAUUAUACGAUGUUUAAAAUAUUGUAUGCGAAACAGAGUUACCGACAAAAAAUUGACCUCUAAAAAUGACUUAUUACAAAAUAAUUAUACGGUAGCAGAUAUUUAAGAACAAUGUUGGGCGGUAGCGCGUUGUGGUUCCGGCAUGGGUUGAGGUUACACGACAACCCGGCGCUACACAGCGCUUUGGAAGACAAAACCGUGCCCUUUUUUCCCAUAUUCAUCUUCGAUGGAGAAACUGCAGGCACGAAGGUUGUGGGAUACAACCGCAUGCGGUAUCUUCUGGAAGCGCUCGAGGACCUGGACAAUCAGUUCAAGAAGUACGGCGGCCGGCUCAUCGUUAUGAAGGGCACGCCGCACGUCAUUUUCCGCCGCCUGUGGGAGGAAUUCGGCAUAACUAAGCUGUGCUUCGAGCAAGAUUGCGAGCCGGUGUGGCGCGCACGCGAUGAUGCGGUGAAGGCGGCGUGUCGCGAGACCGGGGUCGUGUGUCGCGAGCACGUCUCCCACACGCUGUGGGAGCCCGACACCGUCAUACGAUACAAUGGGGGAAUCCCGCCUCUUACGUAUCAGAUGUUUCUGCAUACGGUGUCGACCAUCGGCGAUCCGCCGAGGCCGGUCAGCGAUUUGGACCUCACUGGGGUCAACUUCGGCGUGCUGCCUGAUUUCUUCUACCAGGAAUUUACGGUCUUCGAUAAAGUGCCGAAGCCGGAGGAUCUGGGCGUGCACCUGGACCGCGAGGACAUCCGCAUGAUCCGCUGGGUGGGCGGGGAGACUGCCGCGCUGCACCAGAUGCAGCAGCGUCUGCAGGUCGAGUACGAGACAUUCUGCAGAGGCUCGUAUCUCCCUACUCACGGGAAUCCGGACCUUUUGGGCCCACCUAUUUCGCUCAGCCCGGCGCUGCGCUUCGGAUGUCUGUCUGUCCGUAGAUUCUAUUGGGCUGUACAAGAUUUGUUCCAGCAAGUGCAUCAAGGCCGUCUCUCUGGCAGUCAGUUUAUUACAGGUCAGCUGAUUUGGCGCGAAUAUUUUUAUACAAUGAGCGUGAACAAUCCAAACUACGGUCAGAUGGGAGGGAACCCCAUCUGUCUAGAUAUACCCUGGAAGACUCCGGAAGGAGACGAAUUGACUAGAUGGAUAGAGGGUCGCACUGGGUUCCCGUUCAUCGACGCGGCGAUGCGGCAGCUGCGGUCUGAGGGUUGGCUGCACCACGUGCUGCGCAACACCGUCGCCUCCUUCCUCACGCGCGGCACGCUCUGGCUCUCCUGGGAGCACGGCCUCAACCACUUCCUCAAGUACCUGCUCGACGCUGACUGGUCAGUGUGCGCGGGCAACUGGAUGUGGGUGUCGUCGUCUGCAUUCGAGGCGCUGCUGGACUCGAGCGAGUGCGCGUGCCCGGUGCGCCUGGGCCGCCGCCUCGACCCCGGCGGUGACUACGUGCGCCGCUACGUGCCCGAGCUGGCGCGCGUGCCCGUCAACUACAUAUACGAGCCGUGGAAGGCUCCUAUCGACGUGCAGGAGCGUGCCAACUGCAUCAUCGGCAAGGACUACCCCGCGCCCAUGGUCAACCACCUCGACGCCGCUGCACGCAACAGGAACAAUAUGAAGGAGUUACGUAGAAUCCUGGAGAAGGCUCCGCCGCACUGCUGCCCCUCCUCAGAGGAGGAGAUCCGUCGCUUCAUGUGGCUCAACGACGACACCGAGUCUGAGAUCAGCACCUCUUAGACUAAAUACGACUUUAUUACAAGCGUACGAAAGUCUAAAAUACACGCAGCUAUGUUUUUUUUUUUAAAUUAAGAAGAUGUCACACGUGCGGAGUCUGUGUGGCAUUUCUCUAAAAUGCUUUUUGCUUUUAUCAAUAUUGUACUUGUGUAGAAAUACUUUACUUUUUUUCUAUAAAUACAGUAGAAAUUGCAUAAGCGAGAGUCAAAGCGAUAUUUUUUCUCGCUUAUAGAGGUUUCUUACUUUGUUUUUAUCUUAUGUAGGUUAUCCGUUGGGACUGGACAAUGUCUUAUAGAAGUUUCUCGCCUAUUCAUGUUCUAAUUUCUUUAAGAUAUCCAAAGUAGAAGCAUAAGUAAAACAUAUCUCGAAUAUAAUAUCAAGUAUAUAGUAAAGUAAAUAUAAUAAAGAUGGUUAAAGAC